CAGACAUUUGUGCAAAAAGAAAAACAGAAAACAUGUGUAUGUUGUAUCAUUAAUGCAAAACACAUGUUCAGGCCGUGCAAAGGUAUAAACUAUUCAACAGAUGUCACUCCAAGCUUUUUUUCCAAAUAGGUGUGCUAUAUAUGGAAGUACAAUGAUAUUUGAAGAUCUUUUACAACUACUUCCUUGUUUUACUAUAUGUAUGCCACUGGUGGAAGCACAGCUGCUAUGGAAAUCAUCCCAGUGAGCACUGAACAGAUAUUCUCAUUAGCAACAAUGCCCAGCGCCUGCUGUAUGAAUAUUUCGUUCCAGUGCUGUAUUUUAUAGCUGACCUUUAAGAUUCACAUUGCAUGGAGAUAAAUCAUCAUAAAAUGCUUUCACCUUCCUAGAUAUCAUAAUUACGUGAUGUCCAGAACAUUUCAGGAGUUACAUUGUGAUGAUGUGUUGCAAUACUUUUCUUAAUGACUUCCUACGACUCACAGAAUGCAUUUCAACAACUCCUAGAACAGACCUGUGAACUUGUUGCUUAUGAUCAAGGGCUGCUGUUUAGGAAUGUGAACAUUGAUAACUAAUUUAUUAACAUUGUUUUCUACUAUGUAUUGUCCUGUGCUUGCAUUUCUACUCUAUUUAGGCUACUAUCAGUGAUAAAAUGAUAUCUGCUGCUUAUCUGAUGCAUUUGACAGUGAGGCAAGUGUAUAAGAAGAAGCUUUUACUUUUAUUCUGAGAGGCUGACAUAAACACUUACUGUUGAUUUUCAGAGCAGCGGUCUGCUCUCGGGAAUUAGAGCCCUGCUGGUUUCCUUUCCAGCCAUCAGCAAUCAGCGGAUGAUUAACCACUGAAGUAGUGGGUGAAAUGUAAUAAGUGGUAGGACAGAAAACCAGCAUCACUGAGUCAUGAGGAGCAGGAGUGAGAGCUGCUGCUGAGUGGGCCGGUCCCCCUUCUUCACCGCCCGCUUUGGUUGAAGCCAAAACAGAACAUCAUGGCGAUUGAUGGUGGCGAGCGUAACUGUGGAGUACAUGAGCUGAUCUGCGUCAGAAAAGUCUCUCCAGAGGUGCUGGGGUUUCUGACGGCCAUCGGACUCUUCAUCAUCCUCAUGACCUUUCUGUUCUGGUACCUCAACAACAAGUUGGCACUAGAGAACACAGGGAGCCUUCAGUGCCUUGAUGACUUCAGGAAAAAACCAGAGCUGCAAGACAAGGUCUACUCUGACGCCGACCUGCAGGGCUCAUCAUCGGACAGUGAGGAUGAACUGAUGGGUCAGUAUCAAGAAGCAGUCAGCCGGUCCCAAGGCCUCCGGGGAGGAGCCAAGGCCGCCGCUAAUGUCAAACAUGCAGGAGGUUUCAGCUGGGAGAGCCGGCAGAAGUACAGCCCCCUGACGGCUGAUUAUGACGGCUACAGCAGCGAAGCCUCAGCUGAUGACGCCAACUGCAUCCAGAGGAUGAGACGAACACCGCCACUGGAUGAGCUUCAACCGCCACCCUAUCAGGAUGAGAAUGGCUCUCCACGGAUGUCCUGCACACUGUCAGACCUCGGUGACGCCAAGUGUGACCUAUCACAUACUAGCGGCAGUCCUCACCUUUCCUUUGGCAAAUGCCCCAGUGAGGGCAGUGACGGCCAUGAGACAGAGAGUUACCUCAACAAGGGAUACGAAGAGGAUGUGCCCAGCGACAGCACCGCUGUCCUCAGCCCAGAGGACAUGUCAGCCCGUGGAUCCGCAGCACUGCUCCCUAAAGGUUAUGAACCAGAUCCAGUUGCAAAAUACGGCACUCUGGAUGUGGUGUUUGACUAUGACUCAGAGGAGCAGCAGCUGGCGAUGACCAUCAUGGCAGUAACAGACCUUCCCGCUGUAAAACGCACUGGCAACAUCUCCUGGCAGGUCCACCUGGUACUGCUGCCCACCAAGAAACAGAGGGCGAAGACAGGAAUCCAGAGAGGCCCCUGCCCCAUCUUCACGGAGACCUUCCGCUUUAGCCAUGUGGAGUCAGAGAUGAUCAGCAACUAUGCUAUCCGAUUCCGCCUUUACAGCAUGCGAAGGAUGAAGAAGGAGAAGGUGCUCGGGGAAAAGGUGUUCUACCUCACCAAGCUCAACCUUCAGGGCAAAAUGUCUGUGCCGGUCAUAUUAGACCCAUGCUGUGCACUCCCGGGUGGUGAAUCCCAGGUCAGCCUCUCAGAUAUGACAUGCAGUGAAAGCGCCUCAUCAUUCCAGUCAGUCAGUCAGACUUCCACACCAGAGAUCCUCGUGGGCCUGGUGUACAACGCCACAACAGGACGUCUCUCUGUGGAGAUCAUCAAAGGCAUCCAUUUCAAAAACCUGGCUGCCAACAAGCCACCCAAUACAUAUGUUAAGCUGACCUUACUGAACUCCAUGGGCCACGAAAUGUCCAAGUGUAAGACAUCUAUCUGUCGAGGCCAGCCCAACCCAACCUACAAAGAGACGUUUGUUUUCCAGGUAGCUCUUUUCCAGCUAUCAGACGUCACGCUCAUCCUCUCCGUUUACAACAAGCGCAGCAUGAAGCGUAAGGAGAUGAUUGGCUGGAUUUCUCUCGGCCUCAACAGUUCUGGAGAGGAGGAGCUCACCCACUGGACUCAGAUGAAAGAGUCUAAAGGACAGCAGGUUUGCCACUGGCACAGUCUGUUGGAGUCUUAACAGCGACAGAACAGGAUGUGAAGAAUAUGCGUGAGGACAACUGCACAGGGCAGUUUGUCAUCCCAGUUGGGUAGGAAAUUGAUAAGGUCCACUGGGAUAGAUGUCCAGGGAACCAGGGUCAGUGGUGACGAAGGAAAAGACAGGAACAGGCAACCACAUAUGUCACUCAGAGAUGUUCAUCUUGGCAUAGCAUAAACAUCUUCAUGGCAUUGUCUUUGAAAUCACUGACAGCCAUUGAUCAGUCAUGUCAUUUUUUCAUGGAUUGUCUUAAUGUAAUGACCUAAAAGCGUCUGUAGAUAUCACUCAUUUUAUCUGCUGAACUGGGUGAGCUUGAACCUCUCCCAGGAAGCAGGUUUACUGAGUUAUGUGGAUGACUCAUUUGACUCAUGAGUAAAUUAUUGUCUGACACACCUCCACACCUCCAGCUCAAACUGAUGUCAACCUUACUCCUACCAAAAAGGUUUCAAAAAGCAACUCUCGCAAGUCCCCGGACACAUGGCACUUGUUCUUCUUGUUUUUUUGCCUUUGUAGAACAAGUUUGAAUUAGCUGCAAUGUAUUAAAGGUUGACAGAGACCAUGCAUGACCAUUGCUCACAUCAGUAAAAUGUUAUUUUCUACUUUCUACUACCAAAACUUUCCAAUUUCCUUUUUUCGUAAAUUACGAGAAAACCAUACAUUUUUUUCUGCUAGCUAGCUAAUUGUUGCAACUUCAUUGUUUUUACAACAGAAAACAAGACUGCACCAGUGUCAUGCUCUCCUUAAGUAAACUUGACUGUUUUUAAAAAUUUUGACAACAGCCAACAUCACUGUCCUUUUCAUGUGUUUGAAUUUCUGUCCAGACUUCUGUUGUUUAAGCUAGAGGUGUGGCUACACAAGGCUAUCACUGCUCAUGCUAGAUACCCUGUUAAUCACAAUCUAAUUAUUGUUGUCAAGCUAGAAACACAAAACAUAUCCCUUUCCUGUGUCUCAUAAGCAAGAUACAGUUUAGGCUACAUGUUGCAGAUUAUUACUUAAAAACCAACACUUUUUAGGACAUGCUUUGCUAAAGCUUUGCCACAUCCCAAUGUGUCUAACUCAUUAUCUGUUGCAUUCAACCAUGUGGAGAUAUGUUGGAGUUUAUUUUGAGGACCUAGAGGGAAAAGGCCAAUUUGGAUGAGCCUUGAAGAGAAACCAUAAAGAAUUAAUUUGGAGAGUUGAGUUGAAAUUGUGACAUUUUCAUGAAUCCCUCAGUCGACACUGCCAACACAUCUCAGCAUCGUUUGAGCCUCAACUUUAGUCAAUAAAACAACAACGAAAUAAUUUCAGAGACAUGUUUUCAAGCCAAAUAACUUGACAUCACUGACAGAGGAACUGUCAUGGUUGAUGUCGAGAUGAAGUUCAGUAGUGAUCUCUGAGAACAUUGUCAGAUAUUUUUGGAAAACACUAGUUGGUGGAAAGGUUGACAGACAGAUGUGUUAUAUAUAGAAAUGUGUAGUAGUUACUGUGGUGGUUUUGUGAUCUUACGUUUCCACCCAUGAUUGAAAAGUCACACAGAAUGUCAAAGGAAUAUUCAAAGACACUUUUUUAUUGGUAUCUCUCAAGUAAAAAAAACAAACCUCUGUAACACAUUACAGCAGUAAGGCUAACAGGCGAGAAGAAAAAAUACCUGUUACUCUCUGAAUUGUCCCACCUUUUUACCUGUUCUGGUGCUAUAUAAGUGCUGUUGCUGCACACACAGAAUCCCUCGCCUUAUGGUUUAGUCAGUUCAUACAUUUCUGUAAGUGGAUCAAAAACAGACACACCCUCAGAGCACACAGACCUGCAUCCAUAAUUAGACAAGCACACAUAGUACAGCACCACUUAACCUCACUGAAGGGAAUUCAAACUUUGAGGAACAAAAUGUUUUCACAGGAGCCACUAUAUGUAUUGACAAAGUUGCAUAAUGUCUUCGGGCACAUGGGUUGUACUUUUAGCUGUGGCCACUCUCUCACUUUAUUUAAUUUACAGACAACAGAAAAUACAUAUACUCUUUACUGUGCCUGUGGUUGUGGUGAAAGCUAGCUUAGUGCAGUGUUAACCAAGUGGAAGUGUGUGUGUGUGUGUGUGUGGUUGAGAACAUGUGUGUGUGUGUUGACUGGAGAGGUACAGUAAAGGGGGCGUGGGGGGGCUGUGAUAUAGGUAGUUGUUGCAUUUUCUUGCUGGGUGUGACAAUUGCUUAAUUUAAUUACUGGUGUUUAGAAAAAAAUAACCCACUUCUUGAUUGUCUGCCGUAUACUUUAUAUACUGUAUAUCUAAUAUCUAUUUUUGUAUCAAUAACAGGGAAGAAGUUGUGUCAAGAAUCAAAUAUUAACCACCUUGAGAGUUAUACUAUUCUGGAUUGCUACUUAUUUAUUCCAUUAUUUUAUUUUAUGUUGUAUAGGAGAAAGUAUAACACAGUUAUGUCAUAUAGCUCCAAUCCUCUUUACAUUCCCUUCUCUAAAAGCAGAAAGGGAUGUGAUGGAGACGAGCAGAGCUCAUCUCAUCUCAUACCAAUCUGUCAAGACUUGUAGCUUUGAUGCUUUCUAACAGUGUGAAACAGAAGCACAGCCUUUACAGCACAACAGAGAAACACACCAUGUGAAAGAUGGCUUUGCAGUAAAAUCAUUGAUACAUGUAGAGAUAUGCUAAUUUGCAUCCAGAACAGCCAGCGAAAAGUAAAAAUCCACUCUUUAUUUGCUCCAGCAACAAUUGGUGUUGCUUUUUUUCCCUCCUUCUGUAUUUGAUUUCACUCUAGUAAAAUAAUAAUCAUGUCUCCCAUUUGACAACCUGCAAAAAGGGUGUUUUCGUUGAAUCAACAGGAGGUGCGCAGGAAUAUAAAUAUCUUCAAAGUGUGAUCUAUUGUCAGUGGGUGUCUGAUGGCAGCCAUGCUCCACAUUCAAGACUUUAUGAUCAGUGAAAAAGUUGGUUUCUCUGCUUCUUGAAUUUCUCCCUGGAUGGCGAAUGGUGAACACUGCUGACAAAAAUGCUCUUCACCAACUUUUCACUGAAAAUAAACUGAUUUUUUUUUUUUUUUCCAAAAUAUACACUCACUCUUUCCUUACAGCACCACAGAUCCUAUGAUUAGUGUGAUUAAUGUGACACUUAUUUUUUGAAGGUUAAAACCAGGUUUUUCUACCAGCUAUGGAAGCAAAAAAAGGCCAUAAGAAUUGUUAUCUUAGAGGCAACUGAAUACCAUCUAAAAUUCAGUCACUACUUAAUACUUAUUAUGAAACAUUUAAA